GACCCAAAUUCCAAUUGAUUAUGUCGUCCAAUUUCACAUGACGCCGGAGUAGCUGUCCUCUUGCCGUCAAAUUUCCCUAUAUUUCUCCGGCGAAAUUGAACUCUGUGCAAUUGACGCAGUUCAUAUCAGUACUCCCCCCUGAAAAUCUUCCUUGUCCUCAAGGAAGAAAGGAUGGAAACCUGACACGCAAAACACUAGCAUCUUCCCAAGUUGCCUGAUCUUCUGGAAGCUGAUCCCACUGAAUUAGAAGCUGAACUAUUGCCUUAUUCCCCUUCUGAACCAUCCUUCUGUCCGACACUUUAGCAGGACAAGGACAAUAGGGGCUGGACAAGUCCAAAACUGGAGGGUGAGAUACUUUCUCAGGGACCUCGUAACAUGGCUUAAGUAAGGAUACAUGGAAGGUGGGGUGCAACAUCAACUGUGGAGGCAAGGAUAGUUUGUAGGCAACAUUGCCUACCUUCUGAAGGAUCUGCCAGGUUGCAGAAAAGUUGUAUAACAUGGGUGAUGCAAUUGAUUUAACUGGAGAUGGAGGUGUUAUGAAAAAAAUAGUGCAACGUCCGAAACCUGAUGCAAUUGCUCCCUCUGAGAGUCUUCCUCUUGUUGAUGUUCAUUAUGAAGGCACUCUUGCUGAGACCGGUGAAGUAUUUGAUACCACCCGUGAAGAUAAUACAAUUUUCUCCUUUGAGAUUGGUACUGGUUCUGUUAUUAAGGCUUGGGAUGUUGCACUGAGGACCAUGAAGGUUGGGGAAGUAGCUGUAAUUACCUGCAAGCCAGAGUAUGCCUAUGGAAGUGCAGGAUCCCCGCCGGAUAUUCCCCCCGAUGCAACCCUUGUUUUUGAGGUGGAGCUCGUGGCUUGUAGACCACGUAAAGGUUCUAGUAUCAGCAGUGUUUCAGAUGAAAGGGCUAGGCUGGAGGAGCUAAAGAAGCAAAGAGAAAUGGCAGCUGCAGCUAAGGAGGAAGAGAAGAAGAAGAGAGAAGAAGCUAAGGCAGCGGCAGCUGCUCGUAUCCAAGCCAAACUUGAAGCAAAGAAAGGAAAAGGAAAGGGUAAAGCAAAGUAAAAUCCGGUAUGUAUUAUAUGAUAUAUGCGUAUAGACGAGAUGUUAGUAUACCAGAUGUUUAAUAUGCUAAAUUCGUAAGCUUUAUCAUUUCCUUGAUCGAGAAGUAUUUCUAUGCUUUCAAGUUGUUAAAUUUUUUGGCAUCUCUCCAUAGUUUAUACAGGAAGGAUAUUCGGUUAA